AAUGUUGUGAAUUUAGGAUAUAAUCAAAAAUUUUAAAUUAUUAACCAAAUAAUUAUUAAAAUUCAAUUAUAAUUUAUAAAUAAUAGUUAAUAAUUAUUAGGUAAAUUAUUGUAUUAAAUUAAACUGUUUAUUAUUUAUUUAUAUCUUAGAGAUCUGACUUUUUACAUUGAAUAAUUAUUUUCUGUUUUGCGCUUGAAAUCAUCUAAAAUAUGUUUUCGUCUAUUCGUCUACUUAAUAAAUCUACUCCAGGUAGUGCUGAAUGUUUAAUAUACUUGGUUUGUGAUGUCAUUGACUAGUCCAUUGUAUUUUGUGUUUCAGAUUUACCUUGUCGAUUUGUAUCUUCUCAAGUGAAAACGGCCGUAGUUAUGUUGAACAUGGGGGGACCACAACAUGUUGACCAAGUUCAUGGCUACUUGAAUCGAAUUAUGACUGAUCGAGACAUGAUGCAGUUACCUUUUCAAAAGUGAGCCUAAACAAAUGUUAAAAUAAUUUUUUAAUCGGUAAUCAUAAUUUACCAAUACAUAUUUUAAUUUCAGUACACUGGGACCGUACAUUGCCAGAAGACGAACAUCUGAAGUACAGAAAAAAUAUGCUGAAAUAGGUGGUGGAUCACCAAUAUUGAAAUGGACUAAUAUUCAAGUAAGAUAGUUAUUGAAAAAUAAAUCAAUCUGUAUAAUUUAUAUAAGAUGGUUUUAGGGGAAAUUGAUGUGUGACAGGUUGGAUAAAAUAUCUCCUAGUACUGCUCCACAUAAACCUUAUGUGACUUUUAGAUAUGUGGACCCACUAACUGAAAGUACUUUUGAACAAAUAGAAAAGUAUGUACCUGUUGAUCAUUGUAUAAUUUAUUUUAUUUUAUAUAUAUAUAUACGAGCUGUCCCAACUGGCUUUGCCCAAACAUUAAAAAAGUUUCUAAAUAAAGUUAAUAGAUAAAUUAUUAUUAUAUGCUAUUACCAUAGAUAUCCACACAGCAUAGGGAUUAUACUAUGAAAAAUAAAUAACAAUGUUUUUUUUUGAGUUAUCAAGGUAACUCAUAUAUUAACAAUAAUGUUUAGAUUUUUAUACUAAAGAUACAUAAAAUACAAAUUUUAAGAAAAGUUAUUAAAAUUAAUAAGCACCGAUAAGGAUAAGCAUUAAAUUAGGGGCAGAUUUCAAUAAUUAUUAACAUUCUCUGGACAACAUGGAACAAUUUCCCAAAGUUUCAUGGUAAUUGAAUGAAUAGUGUAAUAAUGCAUAAAAAAUCAACAUACAUACAUUCGUUUAUAUAUAUAUAUAUAUACAUUUGUAUUAGUGAUUUUUAUAUGAAUGUUAAAAUAAUCAUCAAAUUGUUUAGAAAAGUUUGAUUUCCAAAUUUAAAUUCCCUAAAUUAAAUGGCAGAUACUUUAUAUCUUCUUUAUGUUGUAAAAUCUAAAUUGUGUUUUUUGUGAUUGGUUAGAAUUAUAUAUGUUUAUAGGAUUUAUAUUGACUACAAGGUAAAUGAUUCAUAAAAAUAAAAUACAAACAAUUAAUAUGAAGGUUCACGUUCAUUUGAAAAAUAAAUAAAUUAUAAUGUAAAUUAAUUCAAUGUUUUGGUAAAUAUUUCAAAUACUGACAUUUAAAUUUCUAGGGACGGUGCUAAAAGAAUAGUGCUGUUUUCUCAAUAUCCACAAUAUAGCUGUGCUACCAGUGGAUCAAGUUUUAAUGCUAUCUAUUCAUAUUUUCAAAAAAAGUAAACAAUUCAAUAUUUUUGAUGCUGUGGCAUUGUAUUAAAAUAUAUGUUGUUUUUUUAUUUUUACAGACAAUUUCCAAAAGAUACUAAAAUGAGUAUGAUUGAUCGAUGGGCCACACAUCCAUUAUUAAUCAAAGCAAUAGGUUCAAGAAUUUCAGAUGAAAUAAACAAAUUCCCUGAGAGUGAUAGAGACGAUAUCAUUAUAUUAUUUUCCGCACAUUCUUUACCUUUAAAGGUAAUUUAUAUUAAGAGUACUCAGUAUAAUUUGUUAAUAUUUAUCUUUAACAACUUGCAGAAAUUACUGGGGGCUGGUCGUAUGAUUUCAAUAUUUUCACUUGGCUAUUAAUAUUUUAAUGUAUAUAACAAAUUAAACAUCUGAUAACCAAUUUACUUAUUUUCACUAAAUCAAUUCUUAGAGGGGUGUUUUCCUAGGCGUGACUGGUCUCCACAACUGUGGACGACGACCUGUCACAGCAGUCUUACUAGUUUCUUAGGCACAACACUGAUAAACCUUAACUGUAUUCAGUAUCUGUGUACUACUCGUACCAUGAAGAUGUUUUUUUUUUUGUGUUUUGAGUUUGAUAUAAUAAGUGUUCUAAAAAACAAUAAAAUUAUUUUACUUUUAAUUGAGGAAAAGGACUAAUAUGAAUUAAUUAAAUAUCAAAAUCAAAUAAUAUUAAAAAUAAAAAAUAAAGAGACAUGUGUCUAACUACUUCAAUGAGGAAUUCUUCUGCAUAUGAAAAUUUUGUUAUUUUGUCGCAUAUGACAGUCGGGAUACACUGCUCUCAGAACAGUACUAUCGCCCCAUAAGAAACUAGUUUAUAAGGAUUAUUUAUUAAUAGUGUGAUCGGUCACGCUUAAGAAACUACCUUAUAUAACAGAUUUAAAGUACCAGAAUAAAAAAUAAACGGUAUCCUACUUUAGACGUCCUAGGAUAAUGGGGAUGGAAGCAGCACUAUUAUAGAUAAUUUAAUGUAUACUGUUGAGUUCAGUAGAUAGUGAUGCUUUGUCAACAAUAUAUAUGUCAUUUUAUAGUAAAAUAAUUAAAUAGGUUUUAUAUAUUUUCUUUGUUUCAUGUUGUAUAAAUUUCCUUAGUAUCCUAUAUUUUUCCUGUUUUAUCCCAGUUUUUUACAUUUGCUGGGAAAAACGAUCUGUUUAAAGUACCUCUCCAGUGAAAUUUCCUUCAGAAACAUUGCUAUCAUUAAAAGUUGGAGCAAAAUUGCUGGUAGAAAAGUUGUCUACAGAAAAAAAAAUUUUAAGAUUAUAUUUCGUAAAUUGUCUGGUUGUUUUUCGGUUUUUGAUGAGAAAACUCUUGAGAAAAUCGAAAAAUUAACUCCCAAAAAUAUCUCCCCACACCGAUUUCUUUUCAGAAAAGUUGCUCACAGAUAAACAUAUUUGUAAAACUCUCCACUUAGAAUCUAAAAUAAAGGGUAUCUUAUUUUAAAAAUAAAAAAUAUAUUUACCUGCAGUAAUUUUAAUAAAUUAAUAUGUGAAUUUAGAUUACAGUGCAGUUAUAUAGAAGAGGAAAAGCCACCCAUUGGUAGUAAUCCUAACUAAAUUGAAAUAUACUUUAUUUAUCCAUUUUAAAUGUUCUUUAAUGUUUUAAGUGUUAUUUAAAAUUGUAAUUAAAAAUUAUUUUUUUCUUUAGUACACAAGAAGGAAAUAAAUAAAUUAAUGUGUAUUAUUAGUAGAUACCAAUAUUACUUACUUUUAAUAAUAAGCUGUUAUACAAUGUAAUAAUCAAUAACCUAUAAUUACAUUAACAAUUUACUCAUUGAUAAAAUGAUACUUGGAUGUUUAUCUUUUAACAUAUAAUUUAGUUAUUUAUACUAGGCUGUUAAUCGAGGUGACGCAUAUCCUUCUGAAGUGAGCUCAACGGUGCACGCAGUGAUGGAAGAACUAGGUUAUGCUUAUCCUUAUGCUUUAGUUUGGCAGUCUAAAGUAGGCCCAUUACCUUGGUUGGGACCAUUCACUGAUGAUGCAUUAAAAGGUAUUACUAUAAUAAGUUGUUUAGUUUAAUUUGAACAGACAUAAAAUAAUGGACCACACAUGUUAGAAUUAAUUAAGAGAUAUUAAACAAAACAAUUUUUUUCUUUGUAAUAUUUUACUAUCAUGCGAUAGUUAUAACAUGCUUGCAGUAUUUUAUAUUUAAUACAUUCUUAAAUAUGUUUAUGCAUUUGAAUUAUACAAUUACUUGUAAAUACCUAAUAUGUAAACAUUUGUUUUUCACUUUAGGAUAUGUAAAGCAAGGGAAAAAGAAUUUUGUGUUGGUACCUAUUGCAUUUGUUAAUGAACACAUCGAGACAUUACAUGAACUUGAUAUAGAAUACUGUAAAGAACUCGGAGAAGAAGUAAGACAUUUUAUUUAAUAGUAUAACAAUAUCAAACAAUUUUUUUUUUUUUUAGUUGGGUAUUAAAAAUAUUCGUAGAGCUGCUGCACCGAAUGAUCAUCCUUUGUUCAUCGAUGCAAUUUCUGAUUUAGUAUUAAACCAUCUUCAAUCAAACAAACCUGUUAGUCCAAAAUUUCUUUUAAGAUGUGCACAUUGUACAAGCUCUCGAUGUCAUGAGUCUAAACAAUGGUUUUCUAAUGUUUGUACGUCAACAUAAUAUAAUGUAGUUGGACACAUGAUCAACAAGAUGGUGCACUAGGGUGCAUUUCAAAUAACUUAAUAUUAAUACGAGGAUGUGGGUAUAGUAUCCAAUGAAGUUUACACAAUUUUAG